AUGGCCAAGCAGUUUAAUAUCGCAGUUUGUGGCUCGGCGCGUGUUGGAAAAAGUACGCUUGUUAAUGCUAUAUGUGGAAGAGAAGUAGCGCGAACGAGCAGCAGUUUAUGUUCAGUAACGGAUGAAAUGAAGAAGUAUGUAUUGAAUGGAGCAUGUCCGUCGGCGAAUAACACUGCAAGUUCAACUGAAUAUUCGAUUACGAUAUGGGACACGCCGGGAAUCGAGUCAUGGACUAAAGAAGAAGUUGAAAAGCAUUUCACAAAAAUCAUGCUUGAAAGUACUCCACUGUGUAUGAUUUAUUGUGCAUCGCCUGGCUCAUUUGCUCGACUCGAUCAUUUAAAAUGGCUUAUUGAAACUUGUAUUAAAUCAAAUAUCUUCUGUGCUCUUGUAUGCACAAACAAAUACAGUGGAGGUAGUCAACAACGUGCUUCAGUCUUGAAUGAUUUUCAUACAAUCCUUUCUCAAUGUCAUGCUAUGACACGCGAAGAAGCUAAUGUAAAAUAUUAUGGCGAUAUUGGUCUGUGUACAUCAGUAAAUAGUAUAUUUUACGAAGAUCGAGAAUUCGAAGUACGAAAAGGUGUCGAAGGUAUCAAUGAACUUAUUUUUGGAAUUAUCAGAUCAUUGAAACAUGAUAAACUUAUUGCGUGGUGUCAUACUAUUGCUGAUAAUCAAUCGUUCUGGUUGACUAUGCGUGACGGUAUUAUAACACUGUUCAAUUUAUGCCGUCCUGUUGUGGAAGAAUUUGUUCAGAAAGAAGGCAAAGAUGCUGCAAAAUUUAUACUUCCGUUGAUUAUAAACACAAUUCUUAAGAAAUAA